AUGGCGCUUUCUGGCUUUGUUGCCGAAGCCAAGAGCGUCAGGCGGACAGAAAUCCGUCGAACUGCGGGGCUGGGCACUUGGUCAGUUCUGGUGGCAGCACUCUUCCUGCUCUUGUUGAGCUCAGGAGUCAAAACGGAGCAUUCCCUUUCUGGAAAUUUCUUACCAACAGGGUUGACUUUCGGUAACGCGGAAGACCUGCCACCCAAUUAUACGGACCUAUGGACUGACGAGCUAUUCGAGUACUUCAGGCCGUACUUCAAAAAGUACAUGAAAGAUUGCCCGAUUUAUUUCUACCGCCGUGCUUGCGGAAAGGAAUUGAGGGGAAAUGUGCAGGUAAUGGUGCCUCUGGGACGAUGGAACCUGGGGAAGCUGACCUCCGAAGACAGAGUGGAGAAAUUUAUGCUCUACCUGAGAUUUGUCCUUGAGACAUUCUGGAGAAAAGCUGUCAGGGACUACGAAACGGAGCCAAAGCUUGUGUACAUUAUAGAUAUGACAUAUGUGUCGGCCUCCCAUCUUCUCUACUUGUGGAGUGGCUUAUUACGGAUGUUCCAGCUCGCUGGCCCUACACUGAAAAACGCUUCUGGCAAAAGCUGGAAAAGGUCAUAUAUUGUCAAUGCGCCCUACUUGCUGAGCAGCCUCCUGGAUCUGCUCGGAACCUUUGUCCCAUUCCGACGGCAUGAUGUCGUUGUGCUCUCAUCCACCGACGGCGAUGAUGCCAAGUUGAUGCGGAAGGAACUUGGAGAUAAGUGUCUGUGGAGGGGAUUCGGAGGAAAUAGUUCCGUUGCUGUCGACGGCGCAGACACGCAGACAGCCAUCGUCCGUUUUAUCGCUGGUGGUGACCGUGCCGCAGCUGGGCAAGAUGCGCAGAUGGGCAACGCUGAAGGCACUGUCAAUGCGAACACCCCAGAUCCGUCCCAGCAAGGUAAUAAACAUGCCAGCGCGAACAGUACGCAGGAGGGGGAAGGCAGCCCUAUGGGGCAAGGUAAACGGAGGAGCACCUGGAGGACAAGGACAAUAUUUGACGCAGUCCGCGUGAAAGCGGUCAGGAAUGAUUCUGCCGGUGUAGAGGUGUUCGGAGCUGACGAGAAGCAGUCCUGA